GAGGACAGUAAACAGGUGCAUCGAGGCGGAGAAUGGGCAAUUCCUCCUUCCCAGGCAUGUCCCUUCUCUCUCCGUCCAUUCUGUAGUUGCAGGUCGAGAGAAGAGAAAGGGUCCCAUGAUCUCUGCCGGAGAUGCCGAGUUCCCGCGGGAUUACCACACGCUGGCUGGCGGCGGCCGCGGGGCCCGGCGGUUCCCCGACAACUCCAACGGGGGCUUCACGUCGUCCUCGCUGGACCGCCGGCACAACUCGGUGGCCGCCAAGAGCCUGGAGGCCUUGAACAGCAUCCACAAGGCGGACAUCGAGCGCCAGCGGGACGCCCUCAUGGAUCUCCAGAAGAACAAGUUCUCCAACAGCCCGGGCAGCAUGUCGCAGGGCUCCGGCGCCGCAGGACGACAGCAACAACCAAACUACUGGAGCUUCAAGACUCGCACCCCGCGUGUGACUCGACUCAGCCCGACACAGCCGGCUCUCGCUGACCAGGCCAGCAGGGUUUCCUUCGCCUCAGCUGAAAAUCUGGAGACCAUGUCGGAGCCCGAUAUCCCCAUCGGCUUUAACCGGAUGAACCGGCUUCGCCAGAGCCUGCCGCUGGCCCGCACGUCCAGCCAGGCCAAGCUGCGGGCGCCAGGGAUCUUGUUCCUGCAGCUUGGGGAGGAGACUCGCCGCGUGCACCUGACCCACGAGCUGACCAGCCUGGACACGCUGAGGGCGCUCAUCGUGCACAUGUUCCCCCAGAGGCUCACCAUGGCCAUGCUCAGGUCUCCCAACACGGCGCUGCUCAUCAAAGACGAGACGCGUAACGUCUUCUACGAGCUGGAGGACCCGCGGGACGUCCAGGACCGCUGCGUCAUCAAGAUCUACUGCAAAGAGCCGAUCUACGGCACCUACCCCGGACACCAGCACCCACACCUGGCCAACGGAGACCUCAGGAGGGAGAUGGUGUACGCACCUCAGGACUCGUCACCAAACCGCCGCCUCAGCAACCCGCCGAUGUCUUCCCAGCACUCCUCUUCCUCGGCCUCUCCUCAAGGCUCUCCGUCCCGCGCCCGCCUCCUCUACAGCGGCGGCCGGCCCUCUUCCUACGCCGGGCCGCCGCACCACACCCACUCCCUGCCCCACCCGCACCAACACUCCCAGUCCCACCACUCCUCCCCCCACCAGCAGCAGCAGCUCCACCAGCCCCACCAUGCCCAGCAGGCCUUCUGCGCCUCCUCCAGCGCCAUCCUGGAGCGCCGGGACGUGAAGCCGGACGAUGAGGUGGGCGGGUCCAGGACCAUGGUGCUGCUGCGGGGGGACGAGCGCGGCGGCGGGGGGAUCUACGCCGACCCCUACUCCCUGGGCCCCGACACCAGCCGGCUGAGUCUGGCCGGAGGUCCUCACUCCCCUCUGCCGGCCCGAGCCGACCCCUACGGCUCCUUGUACCGCCGUGGAGGAGGAGGAGGGGGAGGAGGAGGAGGAGGUGCUGGCUCGAUGCGCUCCCUCACCUCUUACUCAGCAGCAGCUCUGCAGGGGGAGCUGAUGGAGAGCGGCGCUCUCUACAGACCGGGCGGCCCGCUCUAUAACGACGCCUACGCCGCGUCGAUGCUGGCCAUGGGGCUGCGGGUGCCCCCCCCCUCUUCCCCGCAGAAGAUCCCCGACAUGAGGGAGUCGUACGGGGGCACCAUGCCGGGCCGGGGCUCCCCGGGGAGGCAGAGUCUGAGGAGGGACUCCGUGACCUCGUCCGUGUUCGGGGACAGCCCCAAAGCCAGGGGCCAGGGCUCGGGGCUGGGCCUCACCUCGGAGCAGCUCUGCCUGAUGGCCGGGCCCGGAGGGGAGGGGGGCGGCGGCGGGGGCUUCGGAUCGCCUCUGCUGGGGAACGAAACAGAGACCAGGGAGCGUAUGGAGGCCAUGGAGAAGCAGAUAGCCAGUCUGACCGGCCUGCUGCAGAGAGUACUGAGCAGAGCGCCUGAGGCUGAGAGCCCGGAGAAGAUUGAGUCAGCCAGCGACUGCUCAGGAACUGACACUCUGACCCCGUCGGCCCCUCUGGCCCUGAUGCCUCCUCCGCCCUCAGGGGCCAACCAGCCGGUCACCGUGUCCCGUCUGCAGAUGCAGCUCCACCUGCAGGGCCUGCAGCAGAACACCAACGCCCUGCGCAAACAACUGUCGCAGCUACGCAACAUGCAGCUGGAGAACCAGGACUCGGUGCUGUCCCUGCUGAGGCAGACGGAGUCGGAGCUGAGCCUCAUGAUGCUGGACGCCAUGCGCACGCAGGAGGACCCGCUCCAGAGACAGCGCCUCCUGGUGGAGGAGGAGAGACUCAAGUAUCUGAACCAGGAGGAGCUGCUCAUCCAGCAGCUGCAUGACCUGGAGAAGUCUGUGGAGGAGCUGCAGAGGAACUCCUCGGUGAACCACGGCCUGGUGACGGAGCAGGACGUGGAGCAGAAGAGCAAAGAGCUGAGGAUUCUGGGAGAGACGCUGACCGAGCUCAAGAACCAGUUCCCCAGCCUGCAGAGUAAGAUGCGUGUGGUUCUCCGUGUGGAGGUGGAGGCGGUGAAGUUCCUGAAGGAGGAGCCUCACCGUCUGGACGCUCUGCUGAAGCGCUGCAACACGAUGACGGACGCUCUGAGCACGCUGCGCAGUCUCUUGUAUCCCUCCUAUAUGUACAGACAAGUGACGGAGGGCGUGUGGAAGAGCCCCGAGGACCUCUCCGGCCAAUCACAGAAGAGAUCCGAGGACCUGGACAUCCUGAACAGCCCCCCCCUCAGCCUCAGCGACCUGAGCUCCAGCGCCGGCCUCGCCAACUGGAUGCCCGUGUCCUCCUCCGGGGACGGGGACGCCUCGGGCCCCGAGCAGGACGUCCAGCCCCCCAUGAGCUUCAGGAACCGGGUCUUGGACGAGCUGCCGAGUCGGCGUCCAGGAGACAAGUCCGUGUCGGCCGAAGUCAGACUGGCGGCGGAGCGGGACUGGGAGGAGAAGCGGGCCAGCCUGACCCAGUUCAGCGCCCAGGACAUCAACCGGCUGCUGGAGGAGACCCAGGCCGAGCUGAUGAAGGCCAUCCCGGACCUGGACUUCGCUGCCAGGCACAUCAACAAGCCCGCCGUGCCCCCCAAGCCCCAGAUCACCAUCCCGAUAACCUCCACCACGGCCACGUCUCCUGCAGCCGGGAGCACCGGGAGCUCGGCCACCACCACCUCCACCACCACGCCCAGCGGGGACCAGCAGCCCGGGAAGGUGCAGCUGGCAGCCCAGAAGCUGAACAGCAUGGAGGGGGCGGGCUCCCACCGAGGGUCGGUUGAUCUGAACGUGGCCAGGUACCGAACAGAGAAGCCCUCCAAGUCUCCGCCCCCUCCUCCGCCUCGCCGCAGCUUCCCGUCGGCUCACGGUCUCACCACCAACCGCACCGGAGACGUCAUCGUCACCAACAAGAACAUGAAGAUGGAGGAAGACGGCGAGCUUCCUAAGACUCUGGUGAAGCUGCGGCGGACGCCCUCCGACACACCGCGGCCCGCCUCCACGCCACCCGUCAUCGCUGCGUCCGCCAUCACGGACGAGGACGACGAGGAGCGGAUCAUCGCCGAGCUGGAGAUAUUUCAGAGAGCGUCUGUAACAGAUUGUAGCCGCGCCCCACCCGCCGUCUACGGCUCCCUGGGCAGAAAGAACAGCACCAACUCUCCGGGGCCGACGAAGGGCCCGACAGUGGCGGCCCGGCUCAAACACCUGCAGCAGGGCAGCCUGGAGAGGCCCAAGACCCGCAAGCAGAAAGAGGAUUUCCCCAAAGUCCAGGGCCAGCAGCAGGUAUUCCACUUCUAACCGUCCCCUGGCUGUCUCCAGAGGACCGUCCGUCCUGCCAGCAGCAGACACUCAGACAGACAGCAGAGGAACACGCUGCACAAACCUCAUUUACCAGUUCUUGAUGUGUGUUUUGACAUUUGAGUUACUGGAUCUAACCUAGCUUGCUUAGAGAUCAAGUUCUUGUCGUACGAGUCUGUCGAUGUUUUGAUUUCCUGAGGAAGGUCUUGGUGGUGCUUGUGACUGAUUCAACUAGCUUUAUUAUUCUAGAUUCAGAAACAAAUCCUCAUUCAGUAAUGCCACGGAAUGAUUUCAUAUAUUUCACCAUGAAUCCAGCCAUGUAGUCUCUCCCUGAGCCCUUACACACA